CAUCCCCAAUCCCGGGGUACACAUCAGCGUCUUAAGGGUCUUAUAACGGUGGCCCAUCCCUUUCGACUUAGGUAUUUCACUCCACACCGAUUUAUCUGUCCCAAAGAGCCGGUGAUAGUUUUCAGCGCGUGCGUUUGGAUAGAGGUUCUACUAUACAUCAUGCCGUGCCAGUCGCAAGCUUCGUGCGAGGGUUGCUCCUGCAGCCCGAAUGGCAGCCAGGGGGUGGUCAAUAUCGAGGACUGUGAAACAGAGCUGCUCGCUCUCCGCAAGAGAACCGUGGAGCUUGAAAAGGCGCUGGCCUCGAUGAAGAAAUCUUCGUCAGGCAGCACGAAAGCCGCACGGAAGCUGCGUUCCACGAAAUGGUUCCAGUGUGAAGGUGAUCCGGGAAUGAUGGCCUUAUACAUCGAGCGUUACUUGAACUAUGGCAUGACAAGGGAGGAACUUAUGUCCGGCAAACCUAUCAUUGGGAUAGCCCAGACCGGAUCCGAUCUCGCUCCGUGCAAUCGCCAUCACUUGGAGCUGGCGAAAAGGGUUCGAGAAGGUAUCAGAACAGCUGGGGGAAUCGCCUUCGAGUUCCCGACACAUCCAAUUCAAGAGACUAGUCGGCGGCCCACUGCCUGCAUCGAUCGGAAUUUGUCUUAUCUCAGCCUUGUGGAGAUCCUUCAUGGGUAUUUCUUGGAUGGCGUGGUCCUUCUUACCGGGUGCGACAAGACAACCCCGGCAUGUCUGAUGGCUGCUGCCACUGUUAACAUCCCUGCUAUAUGCCUCAAUGUUGGUCCGAUGCUCAACGGCUAUGUGAAGGGGGAAUUGGCUGGCUCGGGAAUGGUGGUGUGGAAGGGUAGAGAGAUGCACGCUGCAGGAGAGAUUAAUACGGAAGAAUUCGUCGACUACAUUUCUCGCGGUGCACCAUCAGUAGGACACUGCAACACGAUGGGCACAGCAUCCACCAUGAAUGCGCUCGCAGAAGCACUUGGAAUGGCACUACCGGGGUCAGCUGCCAUUCCUGCCCCGUAUCGUGAACGAGGUCAAUGCGCUUAUGAAACCGGGUUGCGGAUUGUCGAGAUGGUGCAUUCCGAUCGCAAGCCAAGCGACAUCAUGACCCGGGAAGCAUUCGAGAAUGUCAUUGUUGUCAAUACGGCGAUUGGUGGCAGUACCAAUGCCCCCAUUCAUAUAAAUGCGAUCGCAAAGCAUAUUGGUGUGGACCUGUCUCUGGAUGACUGGGACCGUCUCGGAUUCCACAUUCCUCUCUUGCUGAACAUGCAACCUGCGGGGGAGCUAUUAGGCGAAGAAUAUUACCGAGCAGGAGGGCUGCCAGCUAUCAUGGCGGAGCUGUUGGAUGCGGGCAAGUUGAACGCAGAUGCUGUGACGUGCAAUGGCCACACUGUAGCAGAAAACGUCCGUGGGAGCCAUACCUGGGAUCGCCGGACGAUCAGAGCUUAUGACGACCCGAUUCUCAAAGACGCUGGCUUCCUCCACCUGCAAGGUAGUCUGUUCGAAUCUGCUAUCAUGAAAACUUGCGUCAUUUCUGAGCAGUUUAGACAGAAGUUCCUCGAAAAUCCUGACGAUCCAAAUGCAUUUGAGGGGACUGUGGUGGUCUUUGAUGGACCAGAGGAUUACCAUCACCGGUUAGAAGACCCCUCCACCCCGAUCAAUGACCGAAGUAUCCUGGUGAUGCGCGGGGCUGGUCCACUGGGAUAUCCUGGCGCAGCUGAGGUGGUCAAUAUGCACCCCCCGGGAAGGCUCCUGCGAGAGGGGGUCAAGUCGCUCCCAUGCAUCGGCGACGGACGGCAGUCGGGAACUUCAGGAUCCCCCUCUAUCCUGAAUGCCAGUCCUGAAGCAGCCGCGGGUGGCAACCUGGCUCUCCUGCGGGAUGGAGACCGGCUCCGGGUGGACCUCAAUCAGCGAUGUGUAGAUAUCCUGGUCCCCGCGGACGAAUUAAAGGCGCGAAAGGACGAGCUAGAAGCAAGCGGGGGUUACGAGAUGCCGGAAAGCCAAACCCCAUGGCAAGAGUUGUUCCGGAAGGAGACCACGCAGUUGAACGAAGGAAUGGUCCUCCGGGAAGCAGUCAAAUACCAACGGCUGGCGCAGCGGUACCCGGAACCGAGGCAUAAUCACUGAAGGAUGAAUUUUGAAGUUACUAGGACAUCCCAAUAUCAGUCUUUUCAAACGACCAACUGCUUGCAUAGGAUGGCCUGUGUGCACAAUAGCCUAUCUCGUAGGCUGAUUGCUAGAUGAUCUCAUUCAUUGGAAACGGGUCACGCGUUUUCGGACGAUAGACCACCGACCCAGGACUCGGUCUGUAUGGCGUUAUUGGCUAGUCAGGUAGUAGAAGCGGUAUGCACGAGAUAGCAUCUCCAUGAGUAUGCUAGUGGGGGCCGGCUCUCUGGAGUAUGGAGUAAGCUCAGAAGGAAUGUGAAGCCAAGAACAAAGUGCUCCGGCCAUCCGUCAAUCACGGGAUUGCCUGCCCCUCCUUGGGCCUCUCCGUCUUGUUUUCGUGCGUGGGAAAGAGCGGAAGACCAUCGAU